AUGGGCGCGACCUCCUCGGCGACGCCCCGCGCGAACGCGUCGCUCAGGGUCGCCGAUCGUCUCAAAACCGCAUCGACUCGGUGCGGCGUUCAGAUGGCGGCGUACGGCGCGUGCAUACAGCUGAACAUGCCGGACGUGGGGAAAGGCGCGUGCGAGCGCGAGAUGGAGGCGCUCAGGGCGUGCGUCUUCGCGAGCAAGCGAUGA